AUGAAAUUAUUCAUUCGCGAUCAGCCUCGCGCACUGGCUCUUGCGACAGACACACAUGUCCUCAUCCUACGACAUAGUCCCUCUAAUUCAGCUCUCACACUCCACAAAACUGCUUCUUCGACUUCUGUUGGCGAGAGUGGCACGCCACGAUGUAUAGUCGAGUUCUCACCAUGGGAGGCCCAGGACAUGAGCGAAUACCGUUCUCUAUCUUCCCUCAAAGUCCAAGGCACGCUGGGCUUGGUGACUCUCGAGCGGGACGUAUUUCUGUGUGUGGUUAAUGGGAGCUCGCACGUUGCUACUGUCCGACCAGGAGAAACGGUGCAGAGGAUCCUGAGCGUGGAGUUUCAUUGCUUGACUCGGUCUGAUUUUGAUCAUUUGCUUAAUGAGCAAAUCAAUCCUUUCCCAACGGAUGAUCUGGAUGCAGGUGGGCACGAUCAUGGAAGGAAUCAGGAGCCGUUGCUUGAGCAUCCUUGUAUGGCUUUGAAAAAGUUGUUGAGUGGUGGCAGCUUCUAUUACAGUGCCGACUUUGACCUUACAAAAAGGCUGCAGGAUCGACCGCCCGAAGGCAGCACGGUCGCUAUUGAUAGUCUUGAUGCCGGGUUCUUGUGGAACACUUUCAUGAUUCAACCACUGGUCGAAUUCCGAUCAAGGCUUUCCGAGCGGGAGAAAGAGGCACUUGAUCAGUCGAAGAUAUUGACGUCUGCUAUUCGAGGUUUUGCUUCGACCGUUACUGUACCUGCAUCUUCUUCACCAGCAAGGAUGCGAGCUGCUGGCUUCCCGUCAAACAUGACGCUCAUCUCACGACUGUCUUGCCGUCGAGCAGGCACCCGCUUCAAUGCCCGUGGUAUCGACGAUGAUGGCAACGUCGCCAAUUUCGUGGAGACAGAGACAAUCUUCUGCACUGACACGAUCUGCUUCUCCUAUGUGCAGAUCCGAGGCAGUGUCCCGAUGUUCUGGGAGCAAGCUAGCGGACUACCUGGCCAGCAGAAGAUCACGAUCACGAGGUCUGCAGAUGCCACCCAACCAGCCUUUGACAAGCACUUCGAACAUAUAUCUAAAGCGUACGGCGAUAUAUUUGUGGUUAAUCUGCUCAGCGAUGAGAAGUCUCAAGAAGUGCAGAUUACACGGCAGUAUCUCUACCACAUCGAGCAUAGUCUGCUCAACCAGAACGCGAAGCAUCUUGGAGACUCAAGUGAGCAUCUACACCUCAAGCACUUCAACUACGACUUCCACGCGCAGACUCGUGGGCCAAAUGGGUACGAAGCGGCCAGUGGUAUCAGGCGCUGGAUCGAGCAGUCAGCCGUCUCCUUCGAGCAUUUCUUGUCUGAGGAGGCACAGGAGAUUGUCCAACGCGAUGGUCGCAAGCAGUCUAUCGUGGGACAGAAUGUUGUCCUUGAACAGUCGGACCGCACAAAUCUCAUCCAGACCAUAAUUUCCCAAAUGGCAGUUGAAAUCUUCUUGCGGCAGCAGGACGAACGAAGCCCGACAUCAGAUUUCUGGGCACGGCAUGGUACCCUCUGGGCCGAUUGCGGAGAUGCGCUAUCAAAGAUCUAUGCUGGCACUGGAGCGCUCAAGUCGUCUUUCACGAGGUCUGGGAAGAUGUCUUUUGCGGGUGCUCUGGCAGAUGUGCGGAAGUCUGCACAGCGACUAUACAUCAACAACUUUGAGGACAAGGGCCGACAGAACACGAUCGAUAUGUUACUCGGUCGGCUUAUUGGACAGAUCCCGGUACAUCUGUAUGAUCCGAUCAAUGAUUGGGUGACUGCUGAGUUGGCGAAACGACAAAGCGAGUAUUCGUCUUCGGAGCAGAUCAGCAUCUUUGUCGGCACGUUUAAUCUCAACGGCAAGACCGCCGGACCCGAGGACGAUCUCUCGCUAUGGCUUUGUCCGGAUGCUGUGCAGUCGUCACCACUGGCUGAUAUAGUAGCUAUAGCGUUUCAAGAGAUCGUGGAGCUGGAUGUGCAGCAGAUCAUGUCGACUGAUCCUCACAGGCGCCAGGUAUGGGAAGAAGCAGUACGCAAGACGUUGAACGUCAAUUCUCGGCAUCGUGGCUCGGAUGAGUACGUUAUGUUGAGAGGGGGGCAGCUCGUAGGUGCGUCUUUGGCUGUCUACGUCAAGGCGAACGUGCUACCUCUGGUCAAGAAUGUUGAAGGUGCAGUGAAGAAGACUGGGAUGAGUGGUAUGGCUGGUAACAAAGGCGCGGUUGCUAUACGGAUGGAGUAUGCCGAGACCUCGAUCUGUCUUGUUACUGCGCACUUGGCUGCUGGAUUUGCCAACUACGAGGAGCGAAACCAAGACUAUCGCACAAUUUCUGCUGGCUUACAUUUCCAGCGGAACAGGACGAUAGAAGACCACGAUACCAUUAUCUGGGCUGGCGACUUCAAUUACCGCAUAGGUAUGGACAACGAGCGAGCCAGAUUGCUGAUCAAGAAGGGCGAUCUUGGCCAGCUAUAUGAGAAUGAUCAGCUCAACUUGCAGAUGGUGCAUGGCAAGACAUUCCCGUUCUACACGGAAAAGACACCGAAGUUCUUGCCAACAUACAAGUACAACUUAUACACGGACGAGUACGAUAGCUCGGAGAAGGCUCGAAUACCUGCUUGGUGUGAUCGGAUUGUGACAAAGGGCGACAACCUACGGCAAAUGCACUAUGAUACAGCCACCUUACGCUUCUCAGAUCAUCGUCCAGUAUACGGCUACUUCCAGUGUACAAUCAACGUCAGCGACCGCAACACGAAGGACAAAAUCAGCGCUGAACUCUAUGCAAAAAGAAGAGCAGACAUCGGCAACAGAAGUGCGACACAAGGAGACGAGAGCGAUGUCGAGUCGCUAAUAGGUUACGAGUCGAUCGAACCCGGCCUACCACCUGCUAGCUCUGACAAGAGGAAAUGGUGGCUCGACAAUGGUAUGCCAGCUCGAUCGACCGUCAAGCCACCAGCAGAGAACGGAUAUGUGCCCAACCCUGCUCGGCCAUCGAAUCCCUUCUCGCCUGCUACGGAGCCCGACUGGGUGAAAGUCGAGAAGCCCAGUGCGCCGCCUUCGAGGACCGCCUCGAGAGCGAGCAAUAUCUCGCAAACAUCCCGGGCAGGAGGUGAGGCGAUUCCAGCAAGGAAGCUUGCCCCUUCGCCUGGUACAUCUGGCCUGUCUAACGAGGAAAUGGCGCCGCCGCCUAGACCACCGCGACCUGCCACGUUCAACAAUGACGAUGGAAAAGUGCAUAUGAAGCAGACACUGCGCAAACCUGCUCCGCCGCCCAAGCCAUCGAAACCGGCACUUUUGCGUUCCGAGACCGGCGAGUCCACGGCUUCUUCUGUGGGCUCCUCGCGUGCUCCGCCACCCGCCCCAGAGCCGAGGAGAGUCCUAAGUAAGGCUCCAACAAUGCCUGGAACUGGUGACGCACAGCCGUCUCGAGUCGCUUCAGGUGCGAGUUUCGUGUCAGCGAGAAGCCAACAGCCGCCUCAGCCUCCUCCAUCCAGAACACUGAAGAAAGCCGUCCCGGAUAGCACGCCCUCGCUACCUUCUCGACGAGAUACGAGCGGCCUCAUGGAUCAAGGAGGUGAUGGGGGAGAUAUGAAGGGAUGGGAACCGUUGAAACCAUUGUGA